UCAGUUCGAUCUAAAAACCCUUGGGGGUCAGAUCUCUUCUCCACAAAGCAAGUGAAACAAAAUCAAGUGAAAAAUAAAUUCAAAAUCUAGUGAAAAAAAAAAAACUAUACAACCGCAUCACAAAGUGGAAACCCCUCAGAAACACGUGGAUUCAGACACAGUUCGCUGUAAAUUUGUGGUGUUCCCUGAAAAAACGAAGCUUGCUUAGUACAGAUUCGCCAACUAUUUGCGCAGCCGCAACCACUUUCGUAAAAGACAGAUUUAUACAGGAAGAUGACCUCAUGUCGCCAGUCCCGCCAGGGCAACCGGAACAACAUCGACGAGGGAGCAGCCGGAGAUGUGGCCCGCCGCGAGGACGGGGAUGAUUGGAUGGCAAUGGUACAGGAGUCGCCGGACCUUUUGCCCAUGCGUUCGAGCUCGGUGACGGCCGUGGUCAACCGGGAGCGGUUGAACCGCAGCCGCAGUGCUCCGGCCAGGAGGAACUCAAUGAGUCGCACCCGACGCCUGAGGAACAUGCCUCCGCCGACGAUGAAUAGUUUUUUCCACGAUUUGGCCCAACGCACAAAGUCGACCAUCGGCGCCAACGUGGGCAUCGUGCUACUCUAUCUGGCCCUCGUCCUGGUGCCAAGCAUCAUGGAGCUGGGGCCACGCAUUGAAUUUCCGGCUCAUUGGGAACAGACAGGUAUCUUCUGUUUUUUGAAGCGCCGUCGUCUAACCCUGACCUUCACCGGCAAUGUGUUGCGGGUGGCGAUCCGCUCCUGCAUUGGCGCCAUUAUACCGCUGAUCAGCAUGCUGACCAUGGAGAGUCCAGAGCAAUGUAAAAUGAGAGUUCGUCGCGAGGAGGGGCCAGAUCUGGAGGUGCCCGUCAAUCUUAAUAUCUACUGUAUCAAUCUUUUGCCGUACAUUCUACGCCUGAAGGCCGGAUUUUAUUUGUUCGUCAGCGACACUUGGAUCGCCUAUAACGACCAGGUCCUCACCAUCGCCGAGACGUUCAACACCUGGCGCAUCCUGGUCUAUCUGAACCAGAUUAUGCAGCUCAUCUACGCCUUCGAGCUGUUUCUCCUUAUGAUUCAGGGACUAUUUGGUUUGAUCCAGGCGUAUCGCAUCUUCAAGAAGUUCUCCGGCAAGGAUAACCACCGCGUGCCGCAGUUCGAGCACAUCGGUCUGAAGAAUGGCUUUUGGUUCAAGCCCAGCAGGUACACCAUUGUCGUUUACCAAGCCUUCAGGGAGCGCGCCUGGGGCUAUCUGCACCCCCCACACUUCUAGAUUCUAGAAAGAGCCCCAAGCUCUAGUUCUGCCAGCUGACCAAAUUCAAAAGGCAGGAAACUCCAAUUACAGAAAAUACUGGAUGCGUGUACUGAUACUGAAACAAAAAACAAGGGAGAUUGGCUUAAUUUGGCCAAGGGACCUAACUAUUCCAAAUGAUUUCCUCCAGAAACAGAAGAGGAAAUCAUUUUGUACUUUUUUUUUGGAUGAAUGAUUUCCUCCAGAAACAGAAGAGGAAAUCAUUUCCUACUUUUUUUUUGGAUGAACGCGUUAUACUUACAUUUAUAUUUAUAUAUCU